AUGCCUCUGAAGAGGCAUUUCAGUGACCGUUUCUACGAAGAAGGGAAGAAAGUUCACGGGCCUAUCAAAGCUCUGAACCCGACGACUGCGUACUUUCCCAUCGAGCAUGUACGACCACCUCCCGAGGAAGUUGCAGCACGCCUGCCGGCUGCCUGGUAUGUCUGGAGGAGUCGAGACAACAGAAAAGGGAGGCAUGCGGCGGUUGUGCAUAAGGAAAACUUGGAGACGGGGAAAAUCCAGACGGUGCCGGUGACGAAUACGUGGAAGGGGGCUUUGAGGGGCAUUUGGAAGAUGGUGGUGAGAUACCCGGUCUGGGAUGUCUCGUACGAUGUUGCCGUUGUAUUCACCUUAGGAUCUGUCAUUUGGUGCUUCAAUGGCUCCUUCGUGUGGCUGCCGCUGGUGGCGCCGUCUUCAGAAUUCAAGAACGAAGUUCGAUGGGGAGGCGGCCUGACGGGAUUUAUCGGAGCAACCGUCUUCGAGCUAGGGUCUGUCCUGCUCAUGCUCGAGGCUGUAAACGAGAAUCGUACAGAUUGCUUUGGAUGGGCACUUGAACGUUCAAUAUCGAACCAACACCUGCGCCUGUCGACAGCGCCGGGGCACGCCUGUCGCCACCAUCACUUCUCAAGGCGUUCCUUUUUGAAGGCUCCUUCGAUCGCCUCUGAUGGAAAGACGACAGACGAUGACGGAGAUUCGACUUCGGAGAGGCUGUGGAACUGGUGGCCGACCUGGGAAGAGCUGAGGACGCAUUACUUUAGGGAGAUUGGCUUCCUGGCGUGCUUCUUUCAGUUUUGGGGCGCGACUAUCUUCUGGAUAGCGGGGAUCUGCGGACUACCUCCAAUCUCUGACCAGCUUACUGGGAGGUUGCUCGAUGGCGUUUAUUGGGUCCCCCAGGUCAUUGGCGGUAGUGGCUUCAUAAUAUCUAGCUGGCUUUUCAUGCUGGAGGUCCAGACAAAGUGGUAUCUCCCGAACCUCUCUUCUCUCGGCUGGCAUAUGGGCGUAUGGAACCUCGUUGGGGCUCUGGGUUUCACUCUCUGUGGCGCGCUUGGGUUUGCCGCCGAAAAGCCUGCCUUCGCGUACGCAUCUACACUAUCAACAUUUAUCGGCUCGUGGGCUUUCUUGAUCGGAAGCCUUGUACAGUGGUAUGAGAGCUUGAGCAAGUAUCCAAUAUCGACGGCUGAGAACGUCCCCAAGAUGAUGAAUGGAGUGUCUUCUCCGCCAGCAUGA